AUGUCUCUUCUGGCGACCAUUUCAGGAUUACUAAAACAUUUAGCUGAACAGAAGAAGCAAAAAGACGAACUUAACACAUCAUCGAAUAAGUCCCUUGAUGAUCUCUCUUCAGAACUUCUUGAAUUGCAGCGCUCUGUAACGUAUGUGCUGUCGGGUCUCCGCCGACAGGCUGUGCAAUCUUCGCACAUGAGCGAUGAGGUUUUGAAGUCUGCAAAAGCGCAGUUUCUUCGACAGCACCGAGAUCUGGGUGGCAAAAAACCAUUUCUCGAGUCUGCGUCCUCAGCAGCCAAGGCCCCCUUUGACGCGCUUCUUUUCGAUUCCGAGAAACGGGAUGGCCAGACGCCCUAUGGGCCAUCGCCCUUUGCCACAACGAUGUCCAUAAUCACUGGAGUCACAACAGUUGUUCCUUCAGUUGUCGGAGCUCCCACCACGAAUUUUUCCCUUAGCAGUGGUAACCUACAGCCUACUGCUCCCUUGGCCACAACAGCCACCACAGGUGGUUUCUCGUUUUCGACCUUCAAGCCAACGCCGCCAGCCGCCACAGCAUUUACAUUGGGCGGAACAACACAAACCACCUCUGCCACGACUGGCGGAUUUGGACUUGGUGGUUUCGGAGCAGUUAGCACAAGUGCCACCGCGUCGAAAGGAUUCGGAUUCGGCCUGGGAGCCACUAAUGCGACCGGUUUUGGCGUCACUAGCACUGCACCGUCGCUCGGCUUUGGUGUAACCAGUACCACGCCGUCGGUGGGCUUCGGUGCUACAAGCACCACACCAUCGACUAACUUCGGGUUUGGUGCGCCGGCUUCCACCACGGGCGCAACACUCUUCGGGUCUUCGCCAGCUGCAAAGCCCGGUCUUUUUACCAUAAAAUGA